AUGCCUAAAUAUUAUUGUGAUUAUUGCGAUACAUAUUUAACACAUGAUUCACCAUCUGUACGUAAAACUCAUUGUCAAGGAAGAAAACAUAAAGAAAAUGUACGUGAUUAUUAUCAAAAAUGGAUGGAAGAACAAGCUCAAAAAUUGAUUGAUCAAACAACAGCUGCUUUUAAAUCGGGUAAAAUGCCUAAUGCACCAUUUCCAAUGCCACCACGUCUUAUCAAUCCAAAUAUUGCACCACCACGACCAGGCAUGCCAGGUAUUGUACCACCACCACCAUGGGCAUUUACAUUACCACCAGGCAUGCGACCAUUAGGUCCACCACCUAAUCCAGCUGCAAUGACAACAUUAAUGACAUUACGGCCACCACCUGGCAUGAUGCCACCAGGUGUACCACCACCAACGGCUAUUCAAAAUUCAUCUAUGGAAUAA